AUGUCAGAAAGAAAGAAGCUGCAACACAAAGAUUACACAAUCGCCUGGAUCAGUGCGUUGCCUCAUGAGCUGUCAGCAGCUCAGUGCAUGCUCGACGAGGAACAUGAGGCACUGGAAGUGGCCGAUUUCGACGAAAACACUUGUACACUCGGGAGGAUAGGCAAGCACAACGUGGUCAUGGCUGUCCUGGGCGCGGGUGCUUAUGGUAAAGUCAGCGCGGCUGUGCGUGCGGACCAGAUCAAAAUGACGUUUCCCAAUAUCAGAUUCGGGCUGAUGGUUGGUGUCGGUGGCGGUGUACCAGACGAAGAUCACGAUGUCCGGCUUGGAGAUGUUGUUGUUAGCCAGCCAAGCAACGGUUUCGGAGGCGUCAUUCAAUACGAUCUUGGGAAGACAGGCCCAGGAGGUCACCUUACACGGAAUAAUCAGCUAAAUCAACCACCGGAUGUCAUUCUUACGGCAUUGGCAGCACUGAAGGCAAAGCAUAUACGGAAGAGAAAGCUGGAAGAUCUGAUGGGUUACCAUAAGAAGAUGGUUGAAGAGUAUGACUUGAAGGAAAGUGAGUAUCAAGGUGCAGAGAAUGAUAUCUUGUAUGACGCAGAAUACCUUCAUGUCAAAGGACAGCCGACGUGCGCAAGAUGCGACAAGGCACAUGCUAUUGAGCGCGAUCCUCGUCCAAGCACGGUUCCUGGUAUCCAUUAUGGCAACAUAGCGUCUGGAGACCAAGUUAUGAAAGACGGUAUUACAAGAGAUCGAAUAUCCAACGAGCUGGGUGGAGUGCUGUGUUUUGAAAUGGAAGGGGCCGGGUUGAUGAACAGCUUCCGGAGCUUGAAUAUUCGUGGCAUCUGUGAUUACUGUGACAGUCACAAGAACAAGCGCUGGCAAAGCUACGCUGCUGCAAUAGCCGCUGCUUAUGCCAAAGAUCUCCUGUCCGUGGUCCCGGCCAACAAGGUCGUCGACGAACCAACCCUAUCGGGCUCAGGAGCUGCUACGACAACUGGUGAAGCCAGUGAAGCCAACCACACCAGUUCCGUUGCUCCUCCCAAGCAAAGUUACGGCAGUCGCGUGUGGAGCGGAAACGUUAAUUCAGGAGGCGGACCUAUCAUACAAGGGGAUCAAAAUUCUGGACAUGACAUCAACUUCUCGUGGAACAAUCGAUGA